CACGUAUUCCUUUAGGAUUUAUAAAGAAAAUGAGCAAUCCAGUAUAUGAAAACAUCCCAAUCAUCGAUCUUUCACUAUUUGAAACAGACCAACAAACUUGCGUUCAACAAAUUAAGAACGCCUGUGAAAAUUUAGGUUUCUUUUACUUAAAAAAUCAUGGAAUAAGUCAAGAAAAAAUUGCCGAAAUAUUCAAUAUUUCAAAAUCUUACUUUGAACAAUAUUCUCAUGAAGAAAAGAUGAAGUAUGCUUUGAAUGAACAUUAUCAUGGAUAUGCUGAGAUGCGUAAAGAAAAUCUUGAUAUCACAAGAAAAAAUGGCGAUGUCAAAGAAUCUUUUUCUUUCGGAGAAUUUAAUGAAGAAAAUGAAGCAAAGACGCAAAUCUUGCCUCCGUUCUUUAAGGAAAGGGCAGAAUUUAUUGCAUUAUUUUUAAGGGAAUGUCAUAGCUUAUGUUUGAAGAUUUUUCAAAUAUUCGCAAUGGCAUUAGAAAUUCGACAAUCUGAAGGUGGAAUGCACUGGUUUGAAGAAAGACAUCAUUCGAAUACUGCUAGCUGCAUGUGCUUUAAUCAUUAUCCUCCGAUGGAUAAGUUUGAUCCUGAAGAAAUACGUGCUGGAAG